GGGCUCGUCUCCAGCCAAAAUAUAUGGUUGACUGUUUUUCCCCUCGCCUUCGCUCGCGCCUCUUUUGCUUUCUCGGCUUUCAUAUCCGCUCUCUCUCGCUCUCUUUCACUUUUUACUCUCAGCCUCUCUCUCGCCCUGAUCACUUUCGACCGCAUUCACUCCUUUUGAUCGGCAACUUUGAGUAACAUAGCCUCGUGCUUUAUUUACUUCUUUCAAACUCUUAUAUUGUCUUAAUUGCCUUCCCCUUUUCUUCUACCAUUAAUUCAUAUACCUUUUGAACAAACUUGUUUAAACACAUCGCCAACAUGCGCACUACCUUCGUCACUCUCGCUGCUGCGCUCUUCGCCGCCGUUGUCUCGGCUAACAGCAAGGCUAAUGCCUUCAGCAACCCCGCUGGUGGUUACAGCUUCACUGUCGGCAAGGCUACUACCUUGACCUGGAACGCUGAUAGCGGUAGCACUGUUACUCUGCGCCUGCAGUCUGGCGAGGUUUCUACUGCUAACACCGGCACUGUCAUUGCUUCCGGCAUCGCCAACGACGGCAGCUUCACCUGGUCCGUUCCCUCCAACCUCCCCUACGAGCCGGACUACACCAUCGAAAUCAUCGACGACCAAGAUACCUCCAACUACAACUUCUCUCCCCGUUUCACCGUUACCGGCGCCGCCGCCGUGGCCACUUCUACUUCUGCUUCCAGCACCAGCACCAGCACCAGCACUUCUUCUACCUCGACCACCACUGUCUCGACUACUUCCACCACCACCAAGACUUCUACUUCCACCCACUCCACCCCGACUACUAUGACCACUGCCAGCUCUACCAGCGCUAGCUCUAGCUCUGCCGUCUCGACUACUUCCCAGUCCACCUCGACUAGCGCUUCUAGCACCUCUGCUUCCAGCACCUCUGCUGCGGCUGUGCCUACUACUAACGCUGGUGUUGUGAACCGCGUUUCUGGGGGUCUGUUGGCUGCUGUUGCUGGUGUGGCUAUGUUGUUGUAAAUUUUGGACUUUGCAUUUUGAGCUGAAUUUGCAUUGAGGGUGAAGGGUGGGG